UGCAGCAGUCAGGCGCCUCAAGCAGACUGUGACCUGGAGAUCCAAGAGUGCCUGCUUGUGUGUAUGAGGGAGCUGCCCGCAGGCUUGAUCGCGGCUGAUGCCUCAGAGGCCCGCCGCGGGCACCCGUCCAGACUGGUCAGCCCGUCCCUGCGCCGGCGCGUCUGCAGAGGGAGGGAGGGGAGGAGGGAGGGAGGGAGGAGGAGGAAGAGGGGAGGAGAAGGCCGAACGCCACUGUGAAGAGUCCCGUCGCAGGGCACCGACAGCGUGGCUGUGCACGGGCAGCCCGCUGCGGGCGGCCUCCCUUCACACAGCCCAGGGCCGCGCCAACGCGCGUCUACGGUCGGCCACGGGCGGGUCGCGCAGGCCGAAAGCCACUGCGAUGAGGCCCGCCGCAAGGCACCGAUGUUCGAGCUGUGCACGGGCAGCUCGCCGCGGGCGGCCUCUCUUCACAGAACAACGUGGGCUGGUCGCAAGCGGGUGCACACUCGGACUUGACUCAGGCGCAGCCGCCAGACAGCAUCCCGAGGCUGCAGAGCCGACGAGAGCCCACGAAGCGCCUGAACACCUCGAGCCUCGUAAAAGAUCUCAAGCCCCCCACGCGACUUGCAUUGUUUGCCAACCAGCGGCCCGCGGGAGCGCCAUGCUCGGUCCAGCUGUUCCCCUUUGAGGAGGCAGGCCGGCCCUGACAAUUCUUCGCGCCGGCAGCCUGUGCGCGGAACAAUGGCACACUCCCCC